CCUUCACUCCUCACUGUUAUUGACACCCCCAAACGCGGUUUCUUUCUUGCUAUCCCGGUCAGUUCUCCAGAGAGAUGUCGAAGGAAGUGAGCGAAGAAGGCCAAGCCCACCAUGGCAAAGACUACGUGGACCCCCCGCCGGCUCCUCUCCUCGAUACGGCCGAGCUCAAGCUCUGGUCUUUCUACAGAGCCCUCAUCGCCGAGUUCAUUGCCACCCUUCUCUUCCUCUACAUCACCGUUGCCACCGUCAUUGGCCACAAAAAGCAAACCGGCCCCUGCGACGGCGUUGGCCUCCUGGGCAUCGCUUGGGCCUUCGGUGGCAUGAUCUUCGUCCUCGUCUACUGCACUGCCGGUAUCUCUGGUGGCCACAUCAAUCCGGCGGUGACGUUUGGGUUGUUCUUGGCGAGGAAGGUGUCACUCAUCCGAGCUUUGGCGUAUAUGGUGGCUCAGUGCCUGGGUGCAAUUUGCGGCACUGGGUUGGUUAAGGCGUUCAUGAAGCACUCGUACAACUCACUGGGUGGAGGGGCUAACCAAGUGAGCUCUGGCUACAGCAAAGGCACAGCUCUGGGCGCUGAGAUUAUCGGCACCUUCGUUCUGGUGUACACCGUUUUCUCCGCCACUGACCCCAAGAGAAGCGCCCGUGACUCUCACGUUCCUGUUUUGGCUCCAUUGCCAAUUGGAUUUGCUGUUUUCAUGGUUCACCUGGCCACCAUUCCGAUCACUGGCACAGGGAUAAACCCUGCCAGGAGCUUCGGUGCUGCUGUUAUCUACAACAACGGCAAAGCUUGGGACGACCACUGGAUCUUCUGGGUUGGCCCAUUUGUGGGAGCAUUGGCGGCGGCAGCGUAUCACCAGUAUAUUCUGAGAGCAGCGGCCAUCAAGGCAUUGGGAUCGUUCCGAAGCAACCCCUCCAACUAAAUUAAUGGCAGAAAAUUAUUGAAGAGAGAGAGCUGUGAAUGCAUUAAUUAAUCAUUUAUUCGUUUAUGUGUGGAUCAGAUGUGAUUAUGACUUUUAAUUUGUUUAUUCCCUUUUUUUUUUUUUGCCAGUCUACUGCUGCUAGCUUGUAAGUGGUACUUAAUCCAUGAGUAGUGUGACUCUGUCGUUUUUUCCAUUUCUUGCUUAUACAUACCCCCUAAUCUUCUCUCCGUAACAGUACAAUACCUCAAAUUUGAAAUGAA